AUGUUCCUGAACGGCCGCUCGCUCCGGACCGACCCGGAUUCUCACACCGGGACUGGCCGGAGCCUCCUCUCCCCGGGGAACGAACACUUCCGAAACGCUACCAAAGAUGAAUCCACAUCAGAUGCCCUGCUGUUGGCCCUGAAGCUGGCGGAAGUCGGCACCGAUUCUCGUGGCACCGAUCGUGCCCGCUCCGGCCCGGCAGGACGAACGGCCGAGGCCUCGUGUGAAGGAAGACACCUGGCAGGGGCGCGGCCAUGGGCCGGGCCGGGCCGGGGGCCCGCGGCCCCCCCCCGCCGCCACUCCCCCCGACCGCCCCCGGGGCCGGGACCCUCGGGACCCCCUCUUCCUUCUCCUCCUCCUCCUCCUCCUCCGGGCCGCCCUCCGGGGCCUCCUCCCGGCCGGGGCCGGGGCCGUUGUCGUGGGGCGGUGGGCCUGGGCCUGCUGUCCGCCCUGCUGGCCGCCUUGCUGGCCGCCGCCUCCCACCGCUACGCGGGAUACCGGGCCGCCCGGGCCCAGGGGCUGCAGGAGGCUGCGCUCCGAUCUCUGGGCCCCGCUGGCCUCUUCCUGUUCUCCUCGCUGGACUCCGACAAGGACAUGACCCUCAGCCCCGAGGAGUUCAAGCCCAUCGCCGAGAAGCUGACCGGCGGGGUGCCCGCCGGGGGCUCUGGGGAAGAGGAGGAGGCGGCGGAAGAUGACCCCGACGGGGAGACGUUGUCCAUAGAGGCCAGGUUCCAGCCACUGGUGUUGGAGUCGAUGACCAAGAGCAAAGACGGUUUCUUGGGAGUCUCCCACCUGGCCCUGAAAGGCCUGCGCAACUGGACGGCCCCCGCCUCGCCCCUGGGCCAGUUCGCCGCCCGGCACUUCAAGGCCUUCCUGCCCCCUGAGGACCGGCUGGAGCUGGGCCAGCCCUGGUGGAUCGUCCCCAGCGAGCUGACCAUCUUCACCGGCUACCUGUCCAACGACCGCUUCUACCCCCCCGCGCCCAGGGGCAGGGAGGUCAUCCUCCAUCGCCUCCUGAGCAUGUUCCACCCGCGGCCCUUUGUGAAGACCCGCUUCGCCCCGCAAGGAGCCGUGGCCUGCCUCUCCGCCAUCAGCGACUUCUACUACACUGUCGUGUUCCGGAUCCACGCCGAGUUCCAGCUGAACGAGCCGCCCGACUUCCCCUUCUGGUUCUCUCCGGGCCAGUUCGCCGGCCACGUCGUGCUGACCCGGGACGCCUCCCACGUCCGCGAGUUCAAGCUGUUCGUCCCCAACCACAGGUCCCUGAACGUGGACAUGGAGUGGCUCUACGGGGCUGACCAGCACAGCAACAUGGAGGUGGACAUUGGCUACCUCCCUCAGAUGGAGCUGGAGGCCCUGGGCCCCUCGGUGCCAGCCGGGAUCCGGGACGAGUUGGGCCGCGCGCUGGGCGGCCGCCCGGCCUCGGGGGAACCCGGCCCGUUUGUGUUCGAGGAGAUCCAGUGGCGGCGGGCGCUGAGCCGGGAGGAGGCUGCCCGGCGGCUGGAGGUGGCCAUGUACCCCUUCAAGAAGGUCAGCUACCUGCCGUUCACCGAAGCUUUUGAGCGGGCGAAAGCGGAGAAGAAACUCGUGCACUCGGUCCUGCUGUGGGGAGCUCUGGAUGACCAGUCGUGCUGAGGUUCCGGGCGAACUCUCCGGGAGACCGUCCUGGAAAGUUCGCCCGUCCUCGCCCUCCUCAACGAGAGCUUCGUCAGCAGCUGGUCUCUGGUCAAGGAGCUGGAGGAGCUGCGGAAGCACCCUGAAAACGAGGCCCACCGGGAGCUGGCGGCCCGGCACCUGGAGAAGUACAGCUUCCCCGUGGAGAUGCUCAUCUGCCUCGCCAACGGCACCGUGGUCCACCACAUGAAUGCCAACCACUUUCUGGACAUCACGUCCCUGCAGCCCGAGGCCGGUGAGGGCAGCGCCUUCGGCUUCACGGCCGCCUUGGAAGACCCGGCCACGGCCACCUACGCCCGGUUCCUGCGAGAGGGGCUGCAGCGGGCCGGCCCCUUCCUCCGGCCCUAAGCUGGCCCCGAGGCCGAGCGGGGGCCGAACCGCCCCCGCCGCUCCCCUCGGCCAGCCGACCUUUGUGACGGUCGGAUCCGAAAUCCCAGAGGGAUCCGGCCCGAUGGCGGGACGGCUGGCUCUUGAGGGGUGAGGGCUUCCCUGCUCCGCUCCCUCAGAAGGAACAUGU